AUGGAGAAUCUAGAGGAGGCAUGGACGCGAUUAUCUUUGUCUGAACAUGAAGGCGAGGUAUUCAACUUUGAAAACCAAGCGUGUAGGAAAGAGUAUACGUUGGCGGCUAAGUUUUUCACGAAGCGUGCCCUAAAUAUUGAAGCUGUUGCGCGUACUCUGAAGCCUUUAUGGAGGACUAAACAGGACUUUGAGAUUCAAGACAUCGGCAAUCAUAUUUUGCUGUUUGUCUUUGAGAACGAACUUGAUGCCAAUCGAGUUUUGCUGGGAGAACCUUGGAGCUUUGAUAAGUAUUUAGUUGUGCUGCGUAGGUAUGAGGAUGAUAGCUCUCUCCAGAGGCUCCGUUUUGAUACGGCGAAGUUUUGGGUUCAUGUACAUGGCUUAUCGGUUCGACGUAUGGUCACAGAGACGGCAGAGAAUCUCUGUAAAUCUGUGGGAAGAGUGAUUCACUCCAAUGAUAGAUCUGAAAUAGAAUGCGGCGAUUUUAUGCGAAUAAGGGUGGAGGUAGAUGUUCACAGGCCAUUGUGUAAAGGGAGGAGAGUUCGCUUCAGUCCGGAUAGGGAGGGUUGGGUGUCGUUUCGGUAUGAACGGUUACCGAUUUUUUGUCACUGGUGUGGGGUUUUGAACCAUGACUCUAAGGAAUGUGAUUUGUGGCUUCAGAGUAAGGGCGAGUUGAAAGCAGACACACAGGAGUAUGGAUCAUGGUUGAGGGUUGAUUCUACAAGUUUGCUUAGGAAAAAGGUGGUAAGGGUAUGCGGUAUGGGGGCUCCUAAUGCAACUUCAAGUCAUGAGCAAUCAGUGAUGGAGAAGCCAGGCAUGAACACAAAUAUUGAAGGGCCUAAUAUGGUUGAGGUGCAGCAAGGAGAGCAAAGGGUGGCUGAGACAAAUGUGGACGAUGUGAGUGUAUCAGGGAUGGUGUUUCCAACCAAAGGUGCAUUAUCAAAUGUUUUGAGUAAUGAGGAGGCUUUUCAAACUCAUCUUAAGGAAAUUGAUAUGGAAUUGGAGGGGCUUAAUGAUAAGGUACUGCAUGAGGGUGGGGCCGAAUGUGAUGAGGUAAGACAAAUGGUAGAGGAGUCAAAUGUGGUGGAAACUAAUUCAGGUGUGUUGGAGCCCCCUGUCCAACAUGAUAUUGACGUCACUAAGGCAGGUUCUCAGUUGAAUCAGUUAGAUGGUUGUCAGUCAAUUCACACAUGUUGGGAGAAACAGGAUCGGGAUGUGACAGAGACAGUUUCAAUGGAAUUAGGCCAGCCUAAUAGUGGUCUUGGGCCGAAGACUAGAACUUGGAAAAGGCUUCAGAUCCAGGCCAAGUCUGUGAGCACAGUGGGUUCAAAAGAAGUGGAGGUGGGCACUAAGCGCAAGCAUAAGGAAAAAAUUAAUUUGAAUGAGUGCUCAGAGAGCCCUGAGCUAAAGAAAAGGAAGGAAGAUGAUGAAGUUCUUGUAGUGAGUGAUCUUUUGCAAAAUGAAUUUGGAUCGGCAGUGGCUGCAAGGCAGCACUGCCGGAAGCAAUGA